AUGAAAAAUAUUGAUAUCAAGAGACUACUAUAUACCCAUCUCUUAUGCAUAUUCUCAAUUAUCCUAAGCAUCUUCAUCCCAUCAGUCUUCUUGGAGAACUUCUCAAUAUUGGAAACUCACUUGACGUGGUUGUGCAUCUGUUCUGUUUUUGUAACUGCUGUCAAUCUAGUAUUAUAUGUAGUGGUGAAACCAAGUGCAUCCACUAAAAGAAGUUCAUUAUCAUACAAGGUAACCAGAUUUUUGAAAUGCUGUAUCUACUUUCUUAUGUCUUGUUUCGUCUUUCAUGUAAUUUUUGUUUUAUAUGGAGCACCAUUAAUAGAGCUAGUGUUGGAAACAUUUUUAUUUGCAGUGAUCUUGUCUACUUUUACUACUGUACCUUGUUUGUGUUUGUUAGGACCAAACAUCAAAGCAUGGCUAAGAGUUUUCAGUAGAAACGGAGUUACAUCCAUUUGGGAGAAUAGUCUCCAGAUCACCACAAUCUCUAGUUUUCUAGGAUCGUGGCUUGGAGCCUUUCCUAUUCCACUCGAUUGGGAAAGACCAUGGCAGGUGUGGCCCAUCUCCUGCACGCUCGGAGCGACCUUUGGCUACGUGGCUGGCCUCGUCAUUUCACCUCUCUGGAUAUACUGGAAUAGAAAGCAGCUUACAUACAAGAACAAUUAA